UCCAUGGUAAUAAGUUGUAAGCAAAUCAAAAGUAAGCAUAUGACGUCAUUGUAAAGAAAACAGACCAAUGAACGAGCGGAUUUCAGGUGCUUAUCAAAUGACGUAGCGCUCUGGGAUUCGCUAGCGAACUUGUUGAACAUUUUGAUCUUUGAGAAAACCUUUCGUCCGCCAUUUGUCUUUCUUUCGAGCUCGUCGCUGGUCUGGAACUGAUAAAUUUCUUAUUCCCGCUCGACAGACAUGAACUUCUCACGGAUCGCUCUGCAGUCGGCGCGCCGGCUCACCACCUCUGCGGCGGUGCGCUCCUCGCCCAAGGACGUUCACCCUGGCUACCUGCGGCUGCGCGAACAGUACGCCAAGUUCCAGGUGCAGGACGGCGUGCCCGUCCACCUGAAGGGCGGCCCGGCCGACAGGAUUCUCGCCUCGCUCACCUACCUGCUGUGCGCGGUCGCGGUGGGCACCGUCAGCUACACGCUCUUCUACAAGAUGGCGUACCCGCAGAAGAAGUGAGCGGCGCGCGGCGGGGCGAGUGAAUGAAGGGGCGGGGAGCUGUAUUGUACUGGAAACAUAGGAAAUAUACACUGUGUACAGACGAA